UAAAUCAGCACUAAACCGGAUUAACUGAACCGGACCGAACCUCGUUUCUGUGAAAAUGCAUUAAACAGGUUUCACACUUCCCAUCAUCUCUAACCACCGACUAUUAUCAUAAAAUAAAAACACAGAGACGGAGACCUCUCACCUUCACAAUUUCGUUUUCUUUCUGUAUUAAAAAAAAAAAAAAAAAAAAAACUCAAAAAGACCAAGGGAGUGAAAGAGAGUUAAAUGGCGUUAGCGAAUAACUUAACGGCGAUACUGAACUUACUAGCGUUACUCUGUUCCAUACCGAUCACGGCGUCAGGGAUAUGGCUUGCCUCAAAGCCCGACAACGAGUGCGUCAAUCUCCUCCGUUGGCCCGUCGUCGUCCUCGGCGUUCUCAUCCUCCUCGUCUCUGCUUGCGGCUUCAUCGGCGCCUACCAGUACAAGGAGACUCUACUGGCUGUUUACUUGUGCUGUAUGGCCAUACUGAUCGGGCUUUUGCUGGUGGUUCUGAUAUUCGCCUUCGUCGUGACCCGACCCGACGGGUCUUAUCAAGUUCCGGGUCGAGGUUACAAAGAGUAUAGGCUUGAAGGGUUCUCGAAUUGGCUGAGAGAGAACGUUGUGGAAUCAAAGAACUGGGGGAAGAUAAGGGCUUGUUUGGCUGAUACGAACGUUUGUCCUAAACUCAGUCAACGAUUCAUCACCGCUGACCAGUUCUUCUCUUCCUCUUCCAUCACUCCUCUCCAGUCCGGUUGCUGCAAACCACCGACCGCGUGUGGCUACAACUUCGUGAACCCGACGCUGUGGCAAAACCCAACCAAUAUGGCUGCAGAUGCAGACUGUUACCUAUGGAACAACGACCAAAGCCAGCUUUGUUUCAAUUGCAAAUCAUGCAAAGCUGGUCUUUUGGGAAACCUUAGAAAAGAUUGGCGUAAAGCAAAUCUCAUACUAAUCAUCACGGUCGUUGUUCUCAUUUGUGUAUAUGUUAUAGCGUGUAGUGCAUUUAGAAAUGCUCAGACCGAGGAUCUCUUCCGCAAAUACAAACAAGGUUGGGUCUAAAGUGUGCAUGUGUAAAGAUUUGUUUGUUGUUAUUGUUGAGGUUCGAAAACAGCUUCUGAUAUUAUUACUUUGUGUUUGGAAAUGGCUUUUCUUUUGCAAGGAUUUUAUUUUUAGGUUUA